AUGAAUCCAAGACCCUCUCCGGCAGGCACCAAUUCCAAUCCACAAGAGGUCAUUGAAAUCACAGAAGAACAGCCACCACAACAACAACCAUCAACCUCUGAACUUCAUUCUCCUUCCGUUCCUUCAUCAGAAGUGAACCAACAACAACAAGAUGCAGAAACCAUCACAACCUCCAUGAACCAACAAGAUUCAUCCUCUCAUCCGAAUAUUGUCAUUACAGAUUCUUCUCCACAUCCUUCUUCCAACAUGAAUGCAGUUUUUGAAAAUCACAAAAAUGUUGAGGAGGAGAAGGAAAUUGAAUCGAUACAAAAGUUUGUGGCUCAUCAAAGUUCUGAAAGUUUAGAUUCCACUAAUUCUACGUCUCGAAUGAUUAAUAUUCAAAUUAUUGGAGCUGGAAUUGCACAUGUGUCAACCAAUAACUCACCUGCUAGUUCCAUUGACAACAUGUCAUUGGUGAGUCAUGAUAUUUCUGUGGUCAUGGAUGACCAAAAUUCACCUCCUCGAAUGACACCAGUGUAUGGAGAACACUCGGAUGAAGUGAUUGAUAUGGGUGUGAUGGAGAAUGAUCAUCAAAAUCCUUCACACCAUGGAAGAGAUGAAUUGAAAUCGUUGAAGUCAACCUCCAAUGAAUUAAGGAAUAGAAUUUGUGUCUGGCUCAUGGUUGUAUUCCUUUGUGUGGCGUAUGUGUGUGUUGUGGGAGGAUUGAGUUAUUACAGUGCCUUUGCGAUUGAAAAAUCGGUGAAUGCAUUUCAAUAUUUUACACUGAAUUUUGAAAGUAAGACGGAUUGCAAUUUUAAUAAGGGAGCCAUGUACAAGCAUUACAGUUUGAAUAGUACCAUUGUCAAGACAUGUAGCAUUCAAAAAGUAUUGGAAAUUGAUGUUACAAAGGACUCUUUUGAAAACAGUGACAAGUUGACAUUUUUCUAUCAAUCUAGUACACCCAUGGAUAUUUAUUAUUUCAAAGAAUUAUCCAGUUUCAAGACAUAUAACUCGACAGGAUACCUAGAUCCCACCUCUGUCAAUUAUUGGUUGAAAUCUCAAGGUCAAUAUGGAUUCAAACAACUAAGUCUUUCCAUCAUUGAUAAUUCCACUGAUGUUGAGAUUAAUUCUAAUUUUGGAGUUCGAGUGGUCGUGACUUUGAAAAUGAUGACCACAGAAACCACAGACUCUACCACUCUUUUGAAUGCAUUGACCACUCUUUCAAAAUCUUCGAUGGAUGAUUAUCAAGAUUAUAACUCAACUUCAUUUCCAUUAACUUUCCAAGGUUCUUAUUAUAUUGAAAGUUACAUGUGUGAAAUUACAUUAUACAUGACAAGUGUGGCUCUAACUUGGAUUUUCAUCAUAUUGGCCACUCUUGUUCUUUUGACAAGAUGGAAAAGAGUUGUGGAUUCGAAGGAGAUGAGAGUAUUUAUUCCCUUCUCAUUGAGGAAAUUGUUUUGUAUUGAAAAAUCAAAAAAGAAAUGGAAUGACACACUUUCAGACACAAAGGAUCACAAUAUUGGUGUGAAAUUAGAAUAUGAACACUUGACAUUUCAGGACUUUUCUGGAUCUACACAUCUUCAUUCCACUUCGGGAGAAUUUCUUCCAUAUACACUUACAGCACUCUUGGGAGAGAGUGGAUCAGGAAAGACAACCUUUAUCAACUCACUCAGUAAGCGAACAAGUCGAGGUAAAAUUGGAGGUGAAGUAUUCAUUGGAGGAAGAAGUCUAAAUUCAGAAUCCAUGAAACGCUUAGUUGGUUUUGUUCCACAAGAUGAUACCAUGAUUCCAAUCUUGACACCUCGAGAAACAUUAUUAUUCAAUUCCUAUGUACGAAAUGCAGAUUUAACUUUUAAAGGUCAUUCUGAACGAGUGGAUAAAGUCUUGAGAGAUUUGAAAUUGAUCAAGAAGGAUUCCAAUGUUUCAAACACCAUUAUUGGAAAUGAAGAAAAGAGAGGUAUUAGUGGUGGUGAGAAGAAGCGAGUGAAUGUAGGUAUUGAAAUGGUAACACAACCUCCAAUUCUCAUUUUGGAUGAGCCAACUACAGGAUUAGAUUAUCUCACUGCAAACAAGCUCUGUAAAAUUCUAUUAGAAAUUGCAAAGACUGGAAAGACUGUCAUUUGUGUCAUUCAUCAACCUGCCUAUGAAACUUUUUGUCUGUUUACAGAUCUCAUGGUGUUCAAAUCAAAACAUGUGGUCCUCAAAGGAAAAAGAGAGGUUAUAUCUCAUGAGAUUGGUUACAAUUAUUUGAAAUUGAAUCGACAUGCCAAUGCUGAUGAAAUUUUAGACUUUGUUUCGGAUACAUCUUUUGAAAUACUGAACGAUUUGCAAGUCACAGUAGAAGCUCGUUCCAACAAGACAGAAAAGUCAACGAACUCGAAUCAGAAGACUCUCCAGAAAGACAGUCGGGAUCUUGAAGAAAGCAAAUCUGGAUCACCUACAACGCCAAACAUCAAAGCUCAGAAAAGAGGUCGAGUUCUUUCAAAAGCCUCUCGACCAAAAGAUGUUUCUCCUUUCUAUCAUCAACUGUUUGCCUUAUUGGUCAGAGCAUUAAUUCAACUCUACAGAGAAUGGUUCAAUUUGAUUGUUGAUGCAUUUCUCAAUCUCUUGGGUGGAUUAUUGAUUGGUAUUCUCUUAUUGAAUGUUCGAGCUGAUUUAUUCCAAGGCCCUCUCGAUAAAUCCAUCGUGUUGCAAUGUCCCACUGAAAAGCUCUCAGUUUGUGCUCUCCCUCAAAAAGAUUAUGUCAGUGCCCUAUCAAGUUAUGUCAUUCUGGGAGUGUCAUUGGCAGGUGCCAUGUCGUCCUUAAGAAUAUUUGGAAAAGAGAAGGCCAACUUUGUGAGAGAAUCUCAAAGUGGUGUGAAUUCAUUCAUGUACUUUUUAGUGAAGGACUUUCUGGCAGUGAUUCAAAUGUUGAUUGUGUCCUUGUGCUUUACUCUCACAUUUUACUAUAUUGUUUUACCAAGAGCGUCCUUUGGAGUGUAUUUUGCUAUAUUCCUAUUGUUGAAUUUCACCGUGUUCCCAGUGGCCUAUUGUGUCUCUGUAUCAGUGCGGGCAGAGCUUCGACAACUGACUUGUGCCAUCAUUAUCUUUGUGGGAUAUGUUUUUUGUGGAGGUGUUCCAACGUUGACAAGCAUCAAUGAGAUGUCUGAACCUUUGCCAUUCUUUCCUUUCAUUUCACAUGCUCGUUACGUGAGAGAGCUUAUUUAUCUUUCUGAGGUGAUACAAUAUCAAGGUGAUUACACCAUUGUGAAUAGUUUGUCUGCAGAGAAAAGUUGGUACACUCAUUCAACAAAAGAUGCAAGAACGAUUCGGCGAUUAGAAUUGCCAAGUACCAGAUUUUUGUCUUACUUUGUUUGUCGCGGUCAAGUUUACAGAUUGGAACACGAAAAGUGUAAAUGCGUUGAUGCUUGA